ACAGACGCUGCAUAAAUUUCAGCCCCGCGGAGCCGCCAGCGUUCAGGAGCGGCUGGCAUUGUCGGGUGUGGGUGUCUUGGCGUUUGAGUGAGUCGACGUGAUUGCGUUCAGUGUCCUUCACUCGCUAACAGGUCAGAAUGCAGAUUUUCGUGAAGACCCUGACCGGCAAGACCAUCACCCUGGAGGUGGAGCCCAGUGACACCAUCGAGAAUGUGAAGGCCAAGAUCCAAGACAAAGAGGGCAUCCCCCCCGACCAGCAGAGGCUUAUCUUUGCUGGCAAGCAGCUGGAAGAUGGCCGCACUCUUUCUGAUUACAACAUCCAGAAAGAGUCCACCCUGCACCUGGUCCUGCGCCUGAGGGGUGGCAUGCAGAUCUUCGUGAAGACCCUGACUGGCAAGACCAUCACUCUGGAGGUGGAGCCUAGUGACACCAUCGAAAAUGUGAAAGCCAAGAUCCAAGAUAAGGAGGGCAUCCCCCCUGACCAGCAGAGGCUUAUCUUUGCUGGCAAGCAGCUGGAAGAUGGCCGUACUCUUUCUGAUUACAACAUCCAGAAAGAAUCCACUCUGCAUCUGGUCCUUCGGCUGAGAGGUGGCAUGCAGAUCUUCGUGAAGACCCUGACUGGCAAGACCAUCACUCUGGAGGUGGAGCCUAGUGACACCAUUGAAAAUGUAAAGGCCAAGAUCCAAGACAAAGAAGGCAUCCCCCCUGACCAGCAGAGGCUUAUCUUUGCUGGCAAGCAGUUGGAAGAUGGCCGCACUCUUUCUGAUUACAACAUCCAGAAAGAGUCCACCCUGCACCUGGUCCUGCGCCUGAGGGGUGGCAUGCAGAUCUUCGUGAAGACCCUGACUGGCAAGACCAUAACCCUGGAGGUGGAGCCUAGUGACACCAUUGAAAAUGUAAAGGCCAAGAUCCAAGAUAAGGAGGGCAUCCCCCCUGACCAGCAGAGGCUUAUCUUUGCCGGCAAGCAGCUAGAAGAUGGCCGCACUCUUUCUGAUUACAACAUCCAGAAAGAGUCAACUCUCCACCUGGUUCUCCGUCUGAGGGGUGGCUGUUAAUUCUUCAGUUUUGAAUUCAUAGUGCCCAAUGAUGGCAUUGCUCUGCACUAUAGCCAUUUUGCCCCAAUUUAAGUUUAGAAAUUACCAGUUUCAGUAAUAACUGAGUCACUGGUUUUCUCAAUAGCUGUUCAAAAUGUUAAUAAAAGUUUCGUUGCAUGGUAGCAUA